CACUUCGAACGGCCUCGCUCGACACACAACCGCUUCGCCCGCCGCCGCCAUCGAUCGGGGGCCGUUCCGUGUCGAUCGCGGCCGGCGCGAUCCCAUGAUGGAGGCGAUCGAGGAGCUCUCGGAGCUCGCCAACGCCACGCGGCAGGCCACCGCGGUGCUCGCCGACGACGACCCGUCCGACCCAAGCGCGCAGCGGCGCGGGGGGUCCUCGUUCCUCACCGUCGUCGCGCUCGGCAACACCGGGGCGGGGAAAUCGGCGGUGCUCAAUGGCUUGAUCGGCCAUCCCGUUCUCCCUACUGGGGAGAAUGGCGCGACGAGGGCCCCAAUAUGCGUAGAUCUUCAGCGGGACGCAUCGCUCAGCACCAAAUCCAUCAUGCUGCAAAUUGACAGCAAGUCGCAGCAGGUUUCUGCGAGUUCCCUCAGACACUCGUUGCAGGACCGGUUGAGCAAGGCUGGUAGUUCUGGGAAGGGGCGAUCAGAUGAGAUAAAUAUGAAAUUAUGCACGAGCAAUGCUCCUCAAUUAAAACUAAUCGAUUUACCGGGGAUUGAUCAUCGGAGCAUGGAUGAGUCAACGGUUGGGAAUUAUGCACGCAAUGAUGCGAUUUUGCUAGUUAUUGUUCCAGCUCUACAAGCACCUGAUGUAGCAUCUUCUCGAGCUCUAAGGAUUGCCAGAGAAUUAGAUUCAGAAGGUAGUAGAACUAUUGGUGUCUUAAGCAAAGUUGAUCAAGUAGCUGGAGACCAGAAAGCUCUUGGUGCUGUUCAGGCCCUACUUGUAAACCAAGGCCCAAGAACUGCAGCUGACAUCCAGUGGAUAGCUACGAUAGGGAAUUCUGUUCCUGUUGCCUCUGUUCAACCUGGAGUAGGUUCUGAAACUUCACCAGAAACUUCUUGGCAAGCUGAAGUUGAAAGCCUUAUAUCUAUACUUGUUGGAUCUCCGCAAAGUAAACUUGGUAGGGAGGCUUUAGUUGAUUCACUUGCUAAGCAGAUAAGAGAACGGAUAAAAGUUAGACUCCCAAAUAUCCUGAAUGGUCUUCAAGGCAAGUCCCAAAUAAUCCAGGAGGAAUUAGCAAAGCUUGGAGAACAGAUGGUCCAAAGUUCAGAAGGAACUCGGGUCAUUGCUUUAGGACUUUGCCGGGAGUUUGAGGACAAAUUUCUUCAACAUAUUACUGGUGUUGAGGGUGCAGGUUGGAAAGUUGUCGCAAGCUUUGAGGGAAAGUUCCCAACCAGGAUCAGACAACUCCCUCUGGACAAGCAUUUUGAUAUGAAAAAUGUGAAAAGGAUUGUUCUUGAGGCUGAUGGUUACCAACCAUACCUGAUAUCGCCUGAAAAAGGCUUAAGAUAUCUUAUAAGAGGACUUCUAGAAUUAGCCAAGGAGCCAUCAAUUCUCCUUGUGGAUGAGGUUCACCGUGUAUUGCUAGAUAUAGUAUCAGCCACGGCAAAUGCCACCCCGGGACUUGGCAGAUACCCUCCAUUCAAGCGUGAGGUAAUUGCAAUUGCAUCUACUGCUUUAGACAGUUUUAAAGAUGAGGCUAAAAAGAUGGUAAUUGCACUAGUGGACAUGGAACGAGCAUUUGUGCCUCCCCAGCAUUUUAUCCGCUUAUUACAAAGAAGAAUGGAAAGGCAACGUCAAGAAGAUGAGCUGAAAAAUCGCUCCACAAAGAAGUCUUCAGAUGCAGACCCUAGCAAAGCCACAAGUCCGCAAGCCCAAACAAAAGAAGGAUCAAAUUUACAAGUCGUAGGACCUGCAGGAGAAAUUACUGCUGGUUUCCUUUUAAAAAAACGUGCAAAAGCAAAUGAUUGGAGUAAGCGCUGGUUUGUUCUAAAUGAGAAAAGUGGAAAGCUUGGAUACACCAAGAAACAAGAGGAGAGGCAUUUUCGCGGCGUCAUCAAUUUGGAGGAGUGUAAUCUCGAGGAAAUUUUAGAUGAGGAAGAUUCUCUGCGAAGCUCUAAAGAUUCUAAAAGGGCAAAUGUGCCAGAUUUUGGAACCCCGGGUCUCGUUUUCAAGAUUACUCACAAGGUUGCUUAUAAAAAUGUUUUAAAAGCUCACAAGGCUAUUAUACUGAAGGCUGAAAGUAUGACUGACAAAACUGAAUGGGUCACUAAGAUUAAGAGCAUUACUGAGCAAAAAGGAACUUCUGCAAAGAGUGGUUUACCAAUGAGGCAAAGCCAUUCAGAUGGUUCUCUAUUGUCCACUUCUAAAAAGGAUGGUUCUCUAGACACGAUGCUCAGGAAACCAGUGGAUCCUGAGGAAGAGCUUAAAUGGAUAUCCCAAGAAGUCCGUGGAUAUGUGGAAGCUGUUCUCAGUAGUCUUGCGGCAAAUGUCCCCAAGGCUGUGGUUCUUUGCCAAGUUGAGAAGGCAAAGGAAGACAUGCUCAAUCAGCUAUAUACUUCGAUAAGCAUGAGGAGCAUAGAUAGGAUUGAAGAGCUAAUCCAGGAGGACCAUAAUGUGAAGAACAGGCGUGAAAAGUUCAAAAUGCAAUCAUCAAUUCUUUCCAAGGUUACUCGUCUGCUCCGUAUCCAUGAUAAUCGCUCAGCCACCGCUACUUGGUCGAAUGAUUCUUCUGGAUCAGAUAGUAGCCCUAGCCCUAGGAGCAGUGGCCAGUCUGGAGACGAAUGGAGAUCUGCAUUUGAGCCAGCACAAGAUUCUGAUUCUUCUCCUGGAUCAACCUCAGGUGGCCGCCGCGUUCCAAGCCGAAUGCCGCCGCCGCCGCCACAGGGUGGUUGAUCAAUCUGUAGUCACUCUGGUCCUGGGGCUUCUGUUUUAUCAUCUGCAGGGAGUACAUUCCAUUCCAUUGCUCCAGAUGCUCGUGACCAAUGGCUGAUUUGGAUUUCAAGGACUAGAAAACAGUGAAACGGAGUCAACUGGUGAAGCGUCCAUAGGGCUGUGAAUAACAGAUUGUUGAAGAUAGAAUGUCCGUAGGGAUUUCUCUUGCUGUUCUGCUUGGAAUAUAGCGGGGUUAGGCACGCUAUCACAGUACGAUUUUAUCCCUUUUCAUAUGGAACUCCUGUAAAAUGUUGUCUUUUCCUGAUUA